AUGUUCAGAAAAGAAACUGUCACCAAUUCUACAUUGCAUUUCUCCAGUCAUCAUAUAUCUAAUGUCAAAAAAGCCAUCCCAGUUGGAGAACUUUUGAGAGUUCGGAGAAAUUGUUCUGAUGACAAUAUCUUUAAACAGAGGUCCAGAGAAAUGUCAGAUAGACUUAAGAAACGUGGAUACAGCAACAAAAUCAUUAAGAAAGGUCGAUCUAGAGCCUUCAGAACCCCAGGAUCUGACACUUUGAAUUCAAAGAGAAAAGCAAAUCAGGAAAUUUUAACCUCUAGACGUGCUCCCAAUCUUCGUGACAUGUUGGUUCGAAGUCACUUUGUUAAGAAAAAAAUCAAAUCAAUCCAAUCACCCAUCAGCUCUAUUGCGCCAGCUGGUGCUGUUUGUUUAACGCACAACAUCGGGUUUCACACUAAGCACGUGCCAGGGGUCUCCAAUGCAGCUGCUGAUGCUCUCUCAUUCACAGUGGCAGAGAUUCAGAGAAUCAGUUACAGCACCACAGACCCAGUACUCAGUGACAAGAUCCAGUUUCCAUCAUUCUACAGAACUAUCCCCAAUGAGGAGGCAGAAAUUGAUGGGAUUGUGCAGAUACUGAAGCACUUUGGCUGGAAAUGGGUCGGACUCAUUAUAUCAGAUGAUGACACUGGAUACAGAGCCCAGGAAAGGAUAAGGGACACUGUGUUUUGUCCUCUACCUGCUCUUAGCCCAGCCAGCUUAAACAUGGAUUUCAGGAUAUUUGCCAGAUAUCUUGCUAAAAGCUUGAUUCACUACUUGCUUCAUCUUAUCCAUACAGAUCAAGUAGACAUGGUCCCUCUGAUGGAGCUAAAUAAAUACAUCCGUAAUUUGACUUUUACAACAUCUACUGGUGACACCGUCUUCUUUAAUGACAAUGGAGAGCCCCCUUCUGCUUUUGAUAUAGUCAAGUGGUUUUUCCUACUAAAUGGUCGAGUUAUGAGACAGAAGAUUCCUACAUCUCAAUGCAAUAAACCCUGUUCCCCAGGAUACAGGAAAUCUAAAAUAGAAGGAAAACCAUCAUGUUGUUAUGACUGUAUCAAGUGUGCAGAUGGAGAAAUGUCCAACACAACAGAUGCAGCAAAAUGUGUGAGAUGUUCUGCAUAUCAGAAGUCUAAUACAGAGAGAACUGAAUGUCUUCUUAAACCUGUAAACUUUCUUUCCUAUACAGACACCAUGGGAGGCAGUUUUACUUCCAUUGCCUUGAUCUUCUUCAUUACAGCUUGCACAGUUUUGGGAAUCUUUGUGAAAUAUUGGGACACUCCAAUUGUGAAAGGCAAUAACCAAAAUCUCAGCUGUCUCCUCCUCAUCUCUCUCAUGUUGUGUUUCCUCUGCACUUUAUUAUUUAUUGGGCGCCCAACACAGAUAUGUUGUCUCCUCCGACAAGUAACAUUUGGGAUUGUAUUUACUAUUUCUGUUUCAUCUGUGUUGGCUAAAACUCUCACAGUUAUUAUUGCCUUCAAUGCCACUAAGCCUGGGAGCAAGCUGAAGAAGUAUGUAGGAACCCAACUGUCCAUUGUGUUAGUUAUAAUAUGCACUCUGGGUUCAAUUGUAAUCUCUGCUGUGUGGAUGGCUUCUCACCCACCCUUUUUUGAGGCUGAUACAUUUUCAGAAACGGACACAGUUAUUUUAAUGUGUAAUGAAGGAUCUGUAUCCCUUUUCUUUUGUGUUAUUGGAUAUAUAGGAACAUUGGCCCUACUAAGUUUCAUUGCUGCAUUUCUAGCCAAGGAUUUCCCUGACCGAUUUAAUGAGGCUAAAAACAUCACUUUCAGUAUGUUGGUGUUCUGUAGUGUGUGGGUGACAUUUGUCCCUGCAUACCUGAGCAGUAAGGGGAGUAGAAUGGUGGCAGUUGAGAUAUUUGGCAUCUUGUCCUCUAGUGCUGGAUUAUUGGGCUGUAUAUUUGUCCCUAAAUGUUAUAUUAUUUUUUUUCGAUCUGAAUUAAACACAAGAACAUUUUAGAUUAAUCACUUUGCUUAUCCUCCUUCAGCCCAAUAUUCAU